UAACCAGAUUCUUGCUUUACAUGGCAAAUCGCCCACGUUUCUAGUAUCAAUUAAGCGGGCUCUAUUGGCCCAACUGAGGAUAAUAUGAAGAUAAAUCAACUCGAACCAGCAGGGCAUGACUAGCCUAUCACACGAUUGUCCAAAUGAUGCUCAUGUUCGCUAUUGGUGGGCAAUGAGUCUAAUACUCAAUGAGCUCUGCAACGGAGCCUUGCCAUCGAAGGACCAAGAUAAAAUAAUACCGUGGCUCCUCGACAACACAAGUCAUGUACAGACGAUCAAAUGCAUCCUGAUCAAGGUCGAUCGAUGUCCGACGAGGGAUCUGUCGAUCCCCGUUUCAGGUGGAAGUAAUGCAUCCAAGGAAGAUCUCUGUUGGAUAUCCAUGUCAAGCAUAGAAGCAGACGUAACUGGUAAGGCGGUACCAAUGAAUAAACGGACAUGGUCUUUACGACGAGUUAUCCCGUAGUAACUCGCAGCAUCAAAGCUCGAGACUAGAUGAUGAUUAGACGAUAGGCCACACCAUGAUCAUUGUAUUCUCGCCGAGAGUCAAA